AUGACGGAACUCAGCAACGAGUACAAGAUCACCAUCCUACGCUAUGUUAUCGUCUCUUGGACAGUCAUCUGUUUCUGGGAGCAUCUUAUUUGGCUGGGCAACGAGUUUCGCAUCUGGCGCGAUCUCUACGCCUACGCUCAGCAUGUUGUUCGCAGAAACCUCACCAGAUCAGCGGCCGAGCUGUCUUCGCCCGUUGGGAACGAUUUGAACGACAAGACAGCUGCGCGGCGCCUGUACAGUCGUCGCACCAGCAACGCUACCCUGGUCAACAGCGCAGAUGCUUGUCAGUCCGUCGCCUUGGCUGGGCAGCGCCCGCCGCCUCUUGGCAGGUUGCUCGUCAUCCUCGUGCGCUACACGCUUCUCGUGUGCACUGCGCUUAGCUUUAUAAACUAUCUUGGUCGACCCUCGGACUGCAGCUCGAUCUUCACCGCGCUUUGGGCCGCUUUUGCUGCGUGCUGGGCGUUUGGCUCGGCCAUCUUCCUGAUUCGCGUCUACAUUAUCUGGGACCGAAGCCGUCGCGUGCUCGCCUUCUUCCUUGUACUCUGGAUAGCCACGCUCGGAGGUUGGGCGUACGACGUGACGUCCUACAAGGCGUACACCGAACACUCGAUCGCAUGGCCAGACUCGUGGUGUGUGCCAGCACCCGACACCAAGUUCCGCGCUUUCUGCUGGGGUCUUUGCCUCGUCUUUGACUUCUCGGUUCUCACUGCAACCCUGAUCAAGCUUCGCAGUGGACGCAGCAAAAAGUUGAACAAGGCCUUCAGGCGGCGCCGCUCGACUAGUCCUUCGGAUGAGGCAAAGUUCGACCUGGAAUGCGCGCUCCCCUUCACCCCGUGCACCACCACUCGCGCCUCGAUCACCAAACAGUACCUGCUUCACUCCAACAUCGCCUACUUUGGCAUCGCCUUCGCCGUCAACCUCACGUGCUUCGUCGUCGAGCUCACCGUCAACGACUCGGUGUUGAGCCACAUUCCGAGUCCGAUUGCGUUCGCCCUCAAUCCCGUGUUGGCCGUCCGCAGCGUGCUCGUCGCCGAAAACUACAUCAGGUGCCAGAUGGAGAAGGCUGAGCAGGCGCAGGCGCAGCAGGUGUCGCGCGCCGGCAUCGGCAGCUUCUCCCCACAGGUUAGCUGGGAAGUUUGCGAUCCGCUCGAGGUGCUCGUCGGCAAGCAGCCUGCAAGCUCGCCGUUUUUAUCGGUAGCGGAGCCAAAGGCCGCCGCGAGUGCUGGUAGCUUGCCCAGAGCUUCCGCGUCCUGUCUGCCUUCACGGAGGAUGUCGCUAUCUGUUUCCUUCCCUAUGCCCGAGCUCGUUGAGGAGAACCCGCUCGAGCCUACAGCUAAAGCCUAA